AUGUAUCAAAAUCCAGGAAUCCAGCCAUCGGAUACUUUUUACCCAUCCUAUGAUGGCUUUUCCACUCUUAAUAAUCUUAAUAAUCACCCAGUACCUUACAUAACUGCACCAAACGCAAAUAGUAAUGACGAACAGUGUUAUUAUCCUACAACCUCUUUUGCAACUGAAUCAACAUCUUAUACUCCACAAUUUAUUGGUCAUAAUUCUAACGACCAGAUUUUAGAACAAAACCCAUCAAAUACCAUUCCAACUAAUUCAUCUAACAUGGCUAACGCUAGCCUUUCUCAAAUACAAACGGUUGAAAUUCUCGGUUAUGAAAUCAUUAUAAUCCCCACAUCUUCUCCGUUGGCAAGUUUUAUCAGUUUAGACGUGCACAAUCAACUUCAACAAGACAAUAUUUAUCAACUGUCGCAGUCGAAUGCUAGCUCUCCUCAAAUACAAACGAUUGAGAUUCCCGGUUAUAAAAUUAUUAUAGCCCCCACAUCCUCUCUAUCGUCCAAUUUAGACAUGCAACAUCAAUUUCAGCAAGAAAAUACUUAUUUAGAUUAUUCUUUUAAUUCAGUUAAUCCACCACAAUUAAUUCAAGAUCAAAACCAUUUUUCUAGUGCAGGUGAAAUUUCUAUUAGGCCAAAUGUUAUUAACUUCGUUCAAGACAAUACACAGCCCCAACAUCAACAACAAAAUAAUUUAGGAUUAAAUGAAUCGCUUAAUGACUUCAACAACUUUUUUGGUUGA